GCUCUUGUGCGCGUCAGAGUGGCAUUACUCUCUGGGAACCAGUAUCUCCUUUUCUCAGUCUCUGGGCUUUUUUAAAAAGAGCCAGAAGCUUCAAUGCUGGAUGCCGUGCUAUGACAACGUCACUGCUCCUCCGUCCUCGCUGGGUCGACCCGUCGGUGAUGUUCCUCUACGACAACGGCGGCGGUUCCGAUGAAGUGACUAAGAACAUGGAGGGUUUUGCUGGUGGCAACUUUGCUGCAACCCAGUGUAGAAAUCUGAUGGCGCACCCCGCGUCUCUGGCACCCAGCACGGCUUACUCGUCCAGCGACGUGCCCACCUCUAGUAUGGGCGAGCCAGUGAAACAGUGCAGCCCUUGCUCUGCAGCUCAGAAUUCUUCCAGCGCGUCCCUGCCAUAUGGGUACUUCGGUAGUGGCUAUUAUCCGUGCCGAAUGUCGCAUCACAGCAGCAUAAAGUCUUGCGGAGCGCAGCCCCCCUCCGCGUAUGGAGAGAAAUACAUGGACACGUCCGCCUCCGGCGACGACUUCACCUCUCGGGCAAAGGAAUUCGCUUUUUACCCGACCUACUCUUCGGGCCCAUACCAACCUGUCCCCAGUUACCUGGACGUUCCUGUGAUGCCAACUAUCAGCGCGCCGUCAGAGGCCAGACACGAGUCCCUGCUGCCUAUGGAGAGCUAUCAACCGUGGACGCUCGCCGCCAACGGCUGGAACGGCCAGGUUUACUGCGCCAAGGAGCAGCCGCAGCCAGGACACAUGUGGAAGUCCUCCAUACCAGACGCGGUGUCCCACGCCGGAGGAGAGUCUGGCUCUUAUCGACGUGGAAGAAAGAAGCGCGUGCCAUACACCAAGGUGCAACUGAAGGAACUCGAGCGCGAGUACGCGGCCAAUAAAUUUAUCACGAAGGACAAAAGGAGGAGGAUAUCUGCCCAGACCAACCUGUCCGAGAGACAGGUCACGAUUUGGUUUCAAAACAGACGCGUGAAGGAGAAGAAAGUUGUCAACAAAUUGAAACCCAUCAGCUAGUUUUUUUUUUUUUAUUACGGACAAUAUCAGUGGGAGAUAAACUACGAGGCCUACAUAGACACACCUACAGACACAUGCUUGGACUCAUGGAUUGGAACAAUAAAACUCCUUCCUGACUGAAUAUGAUUUAUUUGUAUGUUGCCAAAUGAUUUCCCGGAGCUUCUGGAACAAAAUUUCUGAGGCCUAUAAAUGCUGGACCCUCUAUUUCCUGCACUUGUUGUUAAAUAUUGUGUAAGGAGUCAAGUGAGGAAAAAAGAGAAAACGUAUAGCUGCAGCAUUUGUGACUUUUAUUUUUGGCAUGCUCCCUCUCAACACAUGAAAACUGACCCCAGUUCAGAAAGUUGUGCGCCACCGAGCUACGCCUUUAUCUGCAACUUUAACGAGAGUGAUAAAAACAAAAGAGAAGAUUCACAGGAAGUGACGGUGUUAUGGAUUUGGACCUUGGGAGUUAAAUAUUAAUCUCUCCUAGCUUUUUUUUUUUUUU